UAAGAACCCAUUUUUAUGACAAUGCUGGCAGAUUGUUGUUUAUAUUUUUUUGCAAAUUACGUCGUCUGCUGAUACUGCGUUUUGGGAUUUGGGGUUGAAUGUCGAGUGUAAAAAUCCAAAAGGGGGGGCGUACAUACAACUAGUGAUCGUUGGAGAAGGGUCACGGCAACUUUUUAAGAAUUGAUUCAACAUGACUGUAGCACAUUCUCGUAAAAGUGGACAACAAUGGUGCGCUGCCAUCUGUCUUCUUUUACCUCUAGUCUUGAUUGGGUGCGGCGGAAGUGAAUUGAGUUGCAUUCCUCAUGAUGUUCUAGUCCAUAUCGGUGGUGAAACAGAUGUAGUGUUAUCACUCAGUGGUUUUAAUGAUCCUGUCGAAAUCUACCCUCUUUAUGAGCCUGUGAAUGCAGCAGAAAAGAUAACCAAUCUAGGAAAUCUGACUCUAUAUGGGAAUCCAGAAGGACUGAAUGUUAGUUUGACAAUUCAUGCUGUUCGUGGUGGUCAUGUUACAGUCUACUUCAAUGCCACUACCCCAGCCAUAAAUGAUGAUGAGGCAUAUGUCAGGGUGACUAUUAUUCACUCUGAGGAAGUUUUCUUUGUGUGCAUUGCUGUUGGUUGGAUUUAUUUUGUUGCCUGGUCAGUUUCCUUCUAUCCUCAAAUAUAUGAAAAUUUUAAGCGAAAAUGUGUUGUUGGUUUAAACUUGGACUAUGUUGUCCUGAAUGUGCUUGGGCAUUCUGUCUAUGGCCUCUUUAAUAUGGGUCUCUACUGGAUACCAAGUGUUCAGCUCCAGUAUUAUGAAAUCCACCCCAUGGGCGUCAUUCCAGUCCAGACAAAUGAUGUGGUAUUUUCAGUGCACGCUACCGUUUUCUCUAUUCUAACUGCCAUACAGUGCAUCAUAUACGAGAGAGGUGAUCAAAAAGUGUCCCCCUACACAUGGGCGUUCAUCGGUGUUUCUUCUGCAUUUAUUUUCAUCAGCACUAUAGCAGCAGUUACCUAUAGUAUUACAUAUCUUUCUCUCCUUUACUAUUGCUCCUACGUCAAGUUAAUAGUAACCCUGAUCAAGUACAUUCCUCAGGCACACCUGAACUACAAACGACAAAGCACUAUUGGAUAUUCGAUUGGUGGAGUGCUUCUUGAUAUUACUGGUGGAUUGCUGAGUGUCCUUCAGAUGUUCUUAUUAGCUUACAACAAUGAUGAUUGGGAUUCCCUGUUUGGUGAUCCUACCAAAUUCGGCCUGGGCCUUUUCUCCGUCAUGUUUGAUUUGCUCUUCAUUGUUCAACACUACGUACUCUAUCGGAACAACAACCCACCUGCUGUUUACCUUCCCAUUAAUCGUGACGAUUAUCUACCAAUCGACGACGAUCGAAGCACUCCAUCGAUAAUGGCAUAAUGGCUUUCACGCGACGGGAUUUCCGCACAACUUUUUCGUUUCCGUGUCCCUCUUCCUCUUCCAAUGUUCUUGGGGAUUUGCUUUUGAUAGCCACCUGAGGAGUCGCCCCCAUUCUUUUAGCACCAACCGCUGUUGAAAAAAAAAAAAAAAAAAAAAAAAUUCUUUUUGCUGUCACUGUAAUGAAACUAAUUAGGUAUUUAUACCUUGAACGUGACAAACUUCUGCUUCUACUCCAAGCGAGACAAGAAAAUCCAGCCACAAAGUUUGUUUCGGUGAAAGGCGAUCGUUAGGACCUUUAACUUCGAUAAUUCUCCACUUCUAAAAAAUGAAAUUAAAGAUCAAGUUUUGGUUUUACUUCA